UAAAAGCCUUGUUGUCUCUAAACUCUCUCCCUCUCCGUCUUUCCCCUCUCCCUCCUCCAUCUCUCUCUGCCUCUCUCUCUAAAAUGGAAGCCACUAAACCAUCCAUGAAGCUUUGUGGCACAAAACUAAAGCAGACGACGCUGCUAUGGCUCGAGGGUUUCAUCGAGGCCUGUUGUCUCCACCGGGUUGUCAUUCUCUGCCUCAGGUCAAGAAAGCUUUUGAUCAGGACGGGGCAAUGUUUUCUACUGAAUGGUUUUAUCUUUUUAGGAAGUAUAUUUGUCCUGAACUCAGUUGUCAUCCCAAUGCUUCAAUGGAUAUUACCUGAUCAGUGCUCGCACAUUAAUUCUCAACUACCUUGCUCCUUUGAUGGCAUUUUAAAAUUUUACUCCAUCCUACGUCGUGGAGUCGUACAACUUUUUUAUAUCUUUUGGUUCUACCCAAUGUAUGUGUUCAGCAUUAUCUUAAGCAAUAUCUGGUACAAUGACAUUGCAAAGUUUGGUUUUGCUGCAAUGGGGAGAUCUGGACCUUCAAGAGUGGAACCUACAAGUCCAAGUGAGACAUCAACCAUACAGAAUACAGUUCAUGCAGAAAGACUUGCUGGCCUGGGAGGGGUUAUGGUUGGAAUAGGAGAGCAGGUCUAUUCAGUUCUUCUUUUGAGCUUCUUCUUCCUAGAGGUAUUUGCUACAGGGUUUAUACCUUAUGUGGGGAAAGUACUCAAUUUCCUACUCCUAUCCUGGAUGUAUGCCUACUACUGUUUCGAAUACAAAUGGAACUUUUCUGAAGUGGCUCUGGACAAAAGGCUGUAUUACUUCGAAUCUAACUGGGCAUUUUUCGCUGGUUUUGGAAGCCCUUGUGUAUUCGCUAUAUUCUUUUUCUCACCUCUUGUGAGCUAUGGGGUUAUGGCUAUACUCUUUCCACUGUUUGUUCUAUCAGCAACAGGGUCAAGAGCUGAGCAGGAGAUUUCUUUUCAAAAUACAAAAUGGAGAGCUGCUGGAUUGGGAAGGCUUCCAAUAUUUUAUGCAGCUGACACUUUGUCGCUACUGGCGUUGUCUCUCUUGCCAUUGGAAUCUCGGGCCCAAAUGCAAGAAAAUAAAGCACAUUGAGAAUUCUGGCUAAAUGCUAUUACAAGUUGUGAAUAGAUAAAAUGCAUGUUCCAAGCAGAUGAUCAACUUCUGCAAAGUGUGUAUGUAAAAGCUCAGAGGUUUAAAUUCUGCUCCUCCCGUAUGCAAGGGUGCAUGUGUACAGUAAUAUUCAAUUAAUGAAAAAGUGUUCAUUGCUGAGUAUCGAUGGUCAAGUUUUGGGAGAUUGUUGGUAGGGAAAAUGUCUCAGAGAUGAACUGUAAUCACGUCCCUCAAAACUGUACUGUUAAAGUUGCUGAAAUGAUUGAAUACAGGGGUAAGAGGCCGCCGAAUUCAUGCUCUCAUUUC